AGAACCAGCGGAGACCCAAUGAGGGAGCGGGGAGGGCCGGGCGGAGGCGCUGAGGGGCCCGCCGGUUGUCUCCCUCCCUCGUUUCUCGCGCCGUCUCUGAGGGGAGGGCUCCGUCCCCUCCCCCCGGUUCUUCUUCCCCCCCUCACAACUCCCGUGGCAUCCUUCUUCGGGAGAGGAACAUGGAGGCGGCUCGGGCAGGACACCUGUUCCAGCACUUAAUUGAAACACUGAGUGACAACGCAGACAAAAAGUUCUACAACAUUGCUAAACUAGGAGGCACCAAAUAUGAUCUCCUGCCUUACACCAUACGGGUCAUGUUGGAAACGGCUGUCCGCAACUGGGACGGUUUCCUAGUGAAAGAAGGAGACGUGAUGAAUAUCCUGGACUGGCCAGCCAAACAGAACAAUGUUGAAGUGCCCUUUUGUCCUGCCAGAGUCCUGCUCCAAGAUUUCACGGGAAUUCCUGCGAUGGUCGAUUUUGCUGCCAUGAGGGAAGCAGUGAAGAACCUCGGAGGAGAUCCUACGCGAGUCCAUCCUGUCUGCCCAACAGAUCUUACUGUGGACCAUUCUUUGCAGAUUGACUUCAGUAAAUGUGCAAUACAGAACACUCCGAAUCCCGGAGGUGGCGAUCCCCCACGACCCCCUUCCUCAAAACUCUCCCCUCUUAAAGCUCCUCGGAAGCUGCCAUGCCGAGACCAGUCCAGUUGCAAAGGACCGUGUGACGGAGAAUCAAAGCGGAACCCGGGACAUUUUUCUGUGCAGAUUGAGAACACGCCCCUCUUGUGUCCUUUUCAUCUUCAACCAGUGCCUGAGCCCGAAACAGUAUUUAAGAAUCAAGAGAUAGAAUUUGGAAGAAAUAAAGAGAGACUCCAAUUUUUUAAGUGGGGUUCCAAAGUUUUCAGAAAUGUCUCGGUAAUUCCUCCCGGGACAGGAAUGGUUCAUCAGAUGAAUCUGGAACACCUGUCAAGAGUCGUGUUUGAUGUCAGAAACCUCCUCUACCCUGACAGUGUUAUUGGCACAGAUUCUCAUACAACCAUGGUGAACGGCUUGGGAAUCCUGGGUUGGGGUAUGGGCGGAAUCGAAACGGAAGCGGUCAUGCUGGGCCUCCCCAUCACCCUCACUUUGCCCGAGGUGGUUGGGUGUGAACUGACCGGAUCGGCCAGCUCACUGGCGACAUCCAUCGACGUAGUCCUGAGCAUCACGAAGCAACUAAGACAAGCAGGGGUAUCUGGAAAAUUUGUGGAAUUCUUUGGUCCUGGCGUUUCUCAGCUCUCCAUUGGGGACCGAACCACCAUUGCAAACAUGUGUCCUGAAUAUGGUGCAAUUCUGAGCUUUUUCCCUGUAGAUGAUGUAACAUUAAAGCACUUAAAGCAUACAGGCUGUGAUGACGCCAAACUCAAGUGCAUGGAGACGUACCUUAAAACUGUGAAACUGUUUAGAAAUUACCAGUAUUCUGCUAAGGAACCUGAAUAUUCUCAAAUAAUACAUAUAAACCUGGGUUCUAUAACGCCGUAUGUAAGCGGUCCCAAAAGGGCCCAAGAUAGAGUGGCUGUAACCAACAUGAAGAGCGACUUCCAAGCAUGCUUAAGUGAAAAGGUUGGCUUCAGAGGCUUUCAGAUUCCUGCCGAAAAGCAGUGCCGGGCCAUUCCUGUCGAAUAUGAAGGCAACGAGUACCAGCUUUCUCACGGGUCAGUCGUCAUUGCUGCUGUCAUCAGCUGUACCAACAACUGCAAUCCUUCUGCAAUGCUAGGAGCAGGUUUAUUGGCUAAAAAAGCCACUGAAGCUGGUCUGGCUGUGAAACCGUACAUAAGAACCAGCCUAUCGCCGGGCAGUGGAAUGGUCACCCAUUAUCUCAGUUCCAGCGGUGUAUUACCAUACCUCAAUAAACUUGGGUUUGAAGUCAUCGGCUACGGCUGUUCCACCUGUGUGGGGAAUACUGCCCCUUUGCCAGAAGCCAUUCAGAAUGCAAUUGUACAGGGUGACUUGGUUGCAUGUGGCGUCGUAUCUGGAAGCAAAAACUUUGAAGGCCGCCUCUGCAGCUGCAUCCGUGCCAAUUACCUGGCUUCUCCAUCUCUAGUUGUUGCUUACGCGAUUGCGGGGACUGUGAAUAUUGAUUUCCAGACUGAGCCACUAGGGGUCAAUUCUGAUGGCAGAAAUAUCUUCCUGCACGAUAUUUGGCCUUCUCGGGAAGAACUUCAGCAGAUCGAAGAGGAGUUUGUAAUAGCAUCCAUGUUUAAAGAACUGAAAAUAAAAAUGGAGAAAGGAAAUAAGCGUUGGAACUCUCUGGAAGCCCCAGAGUCCACUUUGUUUACCUGGGACUCGAAGUCUACUUACAUCCGAUGCCCUUCCUUUUUUGAUAAGCUUGCCAAAAACCCGCCUCCCCUCCAGUGCAUUGAAAAUGCUCACGUCUUGUUGCAUUUGGGAGACUCGGUCACCACUGAUCACGUCUCGCCCGCUGGGAGCAUUGCCAGGGGAAGUGCUGCAGCGAGAUACUUGAUGAAUAAGGGCCUCACACCCCGUGAGUUCAACUCCUAUGGGGCCCGUCGGGGCAACGACGCUGUCAUGACACGAGGCACCUUUGCCAACAUCAAGCUUUUAAAUAAAUUCAUCGGCAAGCCAGCUCCUAAAACAAUCCACUUCCCAACAGGACAGACGCUGGACGUGUUUGAUGCCGCGGAGUUAUAUCGGAAAGAAAACAUCCCUCUGAUUAUCUUGGCCGGCAAGAAAUACGGAUUGGGCAGCUCAAGGGACUGGGCUGCCAAAGGACCCUUUUUACUGGGAGUGAAAGCAGUGAUUGCCGAAAGCUAUGAGAAGAUCCACAAAGGUCACUUGAUUGGCAUGGGCAUCGCCCCACUUCAGUUCCUCCCGGGGGAGAGCGCGCAGUCUUUGGGCCUGACUGGCAAAGAACAGUUUUCGAUCUUCUUCCCUCAAGAGUUAUCGCCUGGAAUCGCCCUGCGUGUAAAGACGAGUACCGGCAAAGCAUUCCAGGUGGCUGCCUCGUUUGACAGUGACGUGGAAAUCACCUUGUACAAACACGGCGGCAUGCUGAACUACAUGGUGCGGAGGCUGUUAUAAAGCUGUUGUAAAGCCCUUUUUCCCACCUCGGAGGACUGUCGAGCCCGCCAGCCUCUUGAGGCCUCUCCCGUUGGAACUGCUGACAAGCCCCAUUGUGCUCAGAUAACUUUGUCCAUGGAUGUAAAAGAUUGUGAAAUUGUUGUAGUGGCCGCAGCGAGGUCCUCCUGGAUUUUAAAAUACUCCGAAUGGUGCUAUUGACGUUGUUAGACAUUGACGUGUCUUUGUGUUGUGAAAAGAGAUCUGUAAGUAUGGGGGGGGGAGGGUUCAUCUUAGACCAUUUUGUAUAUAAAUUAUGUGAAGACCUGAAACUGAAUUGUGAAGAUUUUGAAGCCAGAUUCCCUGAAUUCUUUCCUCCCUUCCUUUCUUUUUCCCCCCCACCUUUGAACUUCCCAAUGCUGUUUCUUGAUUUGAGCAUAGCACAUGGCUUAAUGAUGUAUGAUUCCCUUGUUUUAAAAUUCGGGGGAUCCCCAAUUCUGAAAAUGAACCGAAAAACGCACCUCCCGUAGAUCUAGUUCAUGGUAUUGGCCACCCACUAGAAAGUUUAAGGAAGGCUUAAUACUCAGUAGCCUUUUUUUUUUUUUUAGCCAGCCUUUCCUCUAUUUCAGGACUGGACAGCUAUGAGAACUUUAUGGCCUGUGGACUUCAACUCCCAGAAUUCCUGGCUCAAGAAUUCUGGGAGUUGAAGUCCACCAGUCGUAACAUUGUCAUAGUUGCCCUAUUUGGUGCCUUCCAGAAAAGUGGAACGGGUGCAGUGGCCUCAUCAAGUGGACAUUUCUGGAAAUCCGCCCCAGACACUGAGCAAGAUACCCACCCGGCAAAAAUCUUGCUUUGUGAAAAAUUCCAAAACUGAAAUUCAGUUGGGGGAAAUUGAUGUUUUCCGAAUAGAAGCUGGCAGUGAUCUCUCCAGCUCGCUAGCUCUCCUGACAAGUCGCUAUCAUGGAAUUUAAUUGGAUUUAUUUUGUCCAAAAUAACAUCUCCCCGUUAUCCUCAAUUGGGCUUUGGCUGUUAACAGAAGUUGAGCAGUGUUCUCUGCUCCUUAGAAGAACAGAAAAGAAUUCCUAUUUCUUCUCUUCAGUUUGUGCAGUGAACUAAAACCUGGUGGGUUUAUAAAAUGAGUUGUCUCCAAGUUUUCUUCCAGUCAUUCUGUUCUUUCCAAAAGACUUUAUUCUGAGGAGCAAGAAUUUGUUAAAUCCCCAGAUGUUUACAGUAAUUUUUGGUUUAUUAUAAACAGGAAUUUCUGUAGCGGAAAUAUCCCGAGCUCAUUUAAAAAGUCUUUUCUACUUAAGUUGUUUAUAGACCUGGGUUUUUGAUUAAACCAAACAGACCCAAUGUAAUAGAGUAAGUACUUCUAGUAAAUUCCGUGUGGCUAAAAAUAUCCUGAAGUUCUGAAAGACAAAUUAAUUUGCACACUUACUAGAUUCUCUUUUGAGGCCAAAUGAUUAGAAAUACGGAUGACAGUGGCAGCAAUAAAAGUCUGUGGAACCUUUCUGCCCAGUCCUUUUGAACCCUAGUUAUUUUUCCAACAACCUCAUUAUAAGCUUUAAUCAUAGACAUUUUUUUCUUGAAUCCAUAUGGUUUUCUACCAUAUCAGCUGUGCUUAUGUUUGCCACUUUAUAGUAUUACUAUUGGUAACUUUCCUUUAUUAUUGAAUGAUUUUUCUCCGAUUUCAAUGAAAUGCUUGAAGUUCUGCCUUGAUGAUCACAAAUGGCAAAAAAUAAUAGGAAUAUCUCACUUUUGGUAUCUAAAUUAUUAUUUAUUUCCAGCUUCCGUGCAUCUUCUUUAUUAUUAUUAUUAUUAUUAUUAUUAGGUUCAAGGCACUGUUUUCCUCUCCUCCCAAGUAAAAUGCUAAAAACCAGGGUGCCUUAUAGACCUACCCCAUGGUCCCCUAACCCAGAGGUCGCCAAAACUUGGCAACCUUAAGACUUGUGGACUUCAAAUCCCAGAAUUCCUUAGCCACUCAUGCUGGGAGUUGAAGUCUACAAUUCUUAAAGUUGCCAAGUUUGGAAUCCCCAAAACAGCACUUCCAAUUUCACAUUUUUUUCAAAACUUGUAAUUGGGGAACACUGCUGACCUUUUUAGUAAUCUGACAGUAAUGUGAAGUCGAGCAUCAUCUACAAAUGGCCUCCAUCCGUGUCUAGGUGCUGAUAUCUGACAUUCUUUCAAAUGGGUAAUUCAAAUAACCAGCUUCACCUCCAUCCCACCCAUCGCAGGUGACUGUUCUUGCUACAUCAUAUGUGUGACUCCCACCUGGCUAAUGAUUUUGGCCUAUAGAUGUUAGCAGAUCCGUCCGAUUGCAGGUCUCCAAAAGUCAAGUCCAAAUUAUGACCCAUAUUUCAGGUCAAACUUAGAAACGAGCAACUAUGGGAACUGUACAAGCUAUGGACUUCAACUCCCAGAAUUCCUGAGCCAUGCUGGCUCAGGAAUUCUGGGAGUUGAAGUCCAAUGUAGCCAUAGUUGCCCACCCUUGGUCAAACUCAUUGACAUGGCUUCACUUUUUCCUCUUACAUUCAAAAUAUAAUAUUUUGGAGGUUGCAACCCUAUCUUUUUAAUUUAAAAAAAAACCACUUUCAUUUCCAAUGAACAUCUGGGGAGAACUGACUAUAGAUAGAUUGAAUGCGAGAUGGACAUAAUGUGUGAAUCACCAUAGAGCUUGGCAGAGAGUCUUCAUAACCCUCCUGACUGACGUUGGUAAGUCUUCAUUUAUUUAAAAAGUUGAAAGCCCUGAGCUGACCAAAUGCCCAAACAUUUCGGACCGCUUUAGAAGAGAAUGAGGUGGCAUCUGAAAAUGCUGGUCCUCGUCCUCUGGAAGACCUCAAAAACAUUUUGAACGAUAUCACAAACCUGCAGGGCUUACAUGAAUUAAAUCCCUUUUCUAAACCAAUAAAAAGCAUAAUGACCUGUGUAAUGCUAUUAAUUGGAAGCCAAACCACCUGUCCGAAUUCUUUUCACGUUGGCAGUGCACAAUGUAUUUGAAUCAAAAGGUACUGGGUUGUUCUAUAGUCUACCAUAAUCUUGGACUUUCAAGUAAGGCAAAAAUCACAAAAAUCGGAAACGUGUCUGUUUUUUCUCUCUUCAAUUUGGCUUCUGAAAAGAAGCACAACUGAGCCCUUGAUUAAAUUGUUACCAAACUGGGGGGGGGGGGAGUUAUAAAUAUAAUCAGUUAUACACAGCAAAAUAAUACCUGCAUUCUAUUAAUCUCACACGAGCCACUGCACCUUCUAAGCCAAUUGUUAACGGUCUACGAUGGUUUCCAGUUCACCCAUAAGUAUUGUAUAGACCUCUGAAAAGACAAAAGUUGAAUUUGCUGACAAUUGUGCAUAAAAUGUUAAACGGAUGUAAAUUAUUUUUAAUAAAGAAAAGUUGUACCAUG